ACACCCCCCCCUCCCAUGGGGCUCCCCCUCCUCAUCCUCACUUUGGGGGUGCUGCUGGGGCUGGGGGAGGGGCACCGGGACCCCCCCCCAAUUUCGGGGCACCCCCACCCCCACCUCUAUGGACCCCCCAAAACCAAAACCCGCCCGGACACCGCCCAGGUGUGGCUGCAGACGAUGGGGGCCGCCCUGGGGGUGUCGCUGGCCCCACACCUGGUGCUGCUCCUGGUCCCCGCGGAUUCGGGGUCCCCCCGGCGUCGGGGGCUGCUGCGGCUGCUGCUGAGCUUCGCUGCCGGGGGGCUGCUGGGGGACGCCUUCCUGCACCUCAUCCCCCACGCCCUGGUUUUUGCCCCCACAGCUCCCCACGAUCACCACGAGGGCCACGGCCACUCCCACCACGGGCACGUUUUUGCCCCCACAGCUCCCCACGAUCACCACGAGGGCCACGGCCACUCCCACCACGGGCACGGUCACCACGAUCACCACGAGGGCCACGGCCACUCCCACCACGGGCACGCUGCGGCGCUCUGGGUGGGGCUGUGGGUCCUGGCCGGGAUCGUGGCGUUCCUGACCGUGGAGCUGCUGGUGCGGCACGGCGGCGCCCACGGACACGGCCACGCCCCCAAAUCCAAGCACAGCUCCAGCGAGGACGAGGCCGACGGCGACGCCCGGGACACCAAAGGGACCAGGGGGACAAAAGCCACCGGGGCCACCAAGGACACCAAGGACACCAAGGACACCAAGGACACCAAGGACACCAAGGACACCAAAGCCACCGGGGCCACCAAGGCCAAGCGCGGGAGGAGCCACCACGGGGACAGGGCAGCCAUGGCGGCCUCGGGGUACCUGAACCUGGCGGCGGACGCGGCGCACAACUUCACGGACGGGCUGGCGCUGGGCGCCGCGUUCUGGGCGUCCCCGGCCCGGGGGGCGCUGACGGCGCUGGCGGUGCUGCUGCACGAGCUGCCCCACGAGCUGGGGGACAUGGCGCUGCUGCUGCGCGCCGGCUGCUCCAAGGGACAGGCCAUGCUGCUGCAGCUGCUGACGGCUCUGGCGGCUCUGGCGGGCGCCGCCUGCUCGUUGCUGGCCGAGGGUUCGGGCGCCGGCGCCAUUUCGGGGAUCCUGCCCUUCACCGCCGGCGGCUUCAUCUACCUGGGCACGGUGUCGGUUCUUCCCGAAAUCCUGCACGAUUCCGGCGCCGGCCAAGCGCUCCUGCAGCUCCUGGCGCUGCUGGCCGGCGUGGCCAUGAUGCUGCUCAUCGCUUACUACGAGUAGGAAUUCCCAAAAAAUCCCACAAAUUCCCGGAAAUCCCGAAAAUCAGCAAAUUAUGAUUUGGUUCCCCCCCCCCGCCCGGUGUGGAAUGGUACGUUCCAGUUGUGGGGGUUGGUCGUGGUUUGGGAGGAGAAAAAUGGGAAAUUUGGGGUUUGGGGGUAAAAAUCAGCCCAAAAAAUGAGAAAUUUGGGGUUUAGGGGGUGUUUAAAAUAUCAGC